CUGGGUGGCAAUCCAAUGGCUUACUCUCUUCAUUUUGGUUUCGGCUAUCCACUUUCAGAUAGGGAAUCAUUUGACAUGUCUUCUCUUCUUUCUUCAUUGGGAAACGUCCAUCUUCACUCGAGUAGUAGGAAUGUCAUUUUUUGGUCCCCUAAUCCCUCCAAGGGGCUCCCUUACUGUUCAUUUUUCCUCAUUUUGAGUAGCCCUCGCGCUUCUAGGAACUCGAGGAAGGUUCACCUUCUCAAGAACGUCGAAUUCUUUACUAGGCAAGCCUUACAUGGGAGAGUCAACACAAUGGGUUGCAUUAAAAAACACCCUUCCUUCCUGUUGAGGCCACACUGGUGCUUACAUAGUAGCAAGGCGUCUGAAAAUCUGGAUCACAUCAUGCGGAAAUCCCAGUUCGCACUUCCAUCAUGGGACUGUUUUUUGGAGACUUUUGGUGUUCGUUUAGCUCGUUAUAGAGAUCGUUCUCUCAUGUUGGGGGAGAAAAAUCAGCUCACUGUAUCAAUAACUGGAGCUACAGGCUUUAUCGGUCGAAGACUUGUGCAAAGGCUACAUACAGAUAACCACAACAUUCGAGUUUUGACACGCUCUAAAUCUAAAGCCGAGUUGAUUUUUCCGGCUAGGGAGUUUCCAGGAAUUGUGAUCGCAGAGGAGCCAGGGUGGAAAGACUGCAUCCAAGGUUCUGAUGGCGUUGUUAACUUGGCUGGGUUGCCUAUAAGUACCAGGUGGUCUCCUGAGAUCAAGAAAGAGAUCAAGCAAAGCAGGAUCAGAGUCACCUCAAAGGUUGUGAGCUUAAUUAACGAUGCCCCCGACGUAGCUCGCCCGACAGUUUUGGUUAGCGCAACAGCUGUUGGUUACUAUGGUACUAGUGAAACAGCAAUAUUUGACGAACGAAGUCCAUCCGGUAAUGACUACUUGGCCGAGGUUUGUAGGGAAUGGGAAGCAACAGCCCUGGGAGCAAACAAGAACGUCAGAGUGGCUCUUAUUCGUAUAGGUGUUGUUCUUGGUAAAGAAGGUGGUGCUUUAGCCAAAAUGAUACCCCUCUUCAAUCUGUUUGCUGGAGGCCCUUUGGGGUCAGGACGACAAUGGUUUUCCUGGAUUCACUUGGAUGACAUUGUGAACUUAAUAUAUGAAGCUCUGACCAAUCCAUCUUAUAACGGAGUUAUUAAUGGAACGGCGCCGAACCCGGUUAAGCUGGCUGAAUUAUGCGAACGAUUGGGAGCUGCGAUGGGCAGACCUUCAUGGCUUCCUGUACCUGACUUUGCUCUCAAAGCCGUCCUUGGGGAAGGAGCUUCUGUGGUUUUGGAAGGGCAACGGGUGGUUCCUACGAGAGCCAAGGAACUGGGUUUUACAUUCAAGUACCCGACUGUGAAAGAGGCACUCAAGGCCAUUCUCUCCUAAGUGUGUCUUCCAUUCUUAUUAAAUUCUUUCCUUUUUUGUUAUGACUUUAAUUAUAAUGUAGUUUGGUAUUUUGUUUAUUGGCUUUGGUUUUCCUUCUCAAAUAAAAUUGUAGUGGAGAAGGAGAUCAAAUAUUUGGUCAUAAAGUUAUGGGCAUAACUGAGGCACGACUUUUAACUACAUUAGCAGCUUCUGUUGA